CAGCAUUUAACCUAGACGCAAAGCCAGAAAGAGUAUGGCUGCGUACUGUUUCACGGGAUGACUUCGGUAAUGAAAAUGAAUAACUGUUUAGUGUUCACGUGAAUUAUCGUUGUUUUAAAUAGCUUAGUUAGCAUGGAGUUGGGUUUAUCCAACACGUUGUUGGCGGGUGAUCCACGAUUAGUCGAUCAUAUCGUUGGAGAAGUUAAAUCCCAAGGAAUUUUUGAUCAAUUUCGUAAGGAAUGUAUCGCUGAUGUUGAUACGAAGCCAGCAUAUCAAAAUUUACGUACAAGAGUCGAAGGAUCCGUGAAUACUUUCCUUAGCAAACAAUCAUGGAAACCAGACUUAAACAAAAAUCAAUUGAGGGAGACUUUACGCAAACACAUACACGAGGUUCCUUAUUUGGACGCCGGUGUAGAGCGUAUAGUAGAUCAAGUAGUAAAUCCAAAAAUAUAUUCUGUCUUUAUGCCUCAGAUCGAAGAUGUAGUAUACAAGUUUUUGGGCAUAGAAAGACCCAAGGCAAGGGAACGAAACGGUGCGUGUGGCCUUAAAGAUUUGUUACCUAAGGAUUUAGAUCCUGUUUCGCCGGAGUCUGACAAAAAUAGUUUGAAAGAUGUGUCUUUGGAGUCUAUGGACCCCAUGGAUGAUUUGGAGUUGAAGAAAGAUGAAAAGUCGUCUUACGAACAGAAAUUGGAAGAGGAAGAAGCUCUGAACGAGAAAAACAAAAGUAAUACUUUGGAAAAUGGGGAAAUCUCAUUCGAAGAGAAAACAUUAGAUGAAAGUGGCAAAAGUUUUAAUAAGACUGGUAGUAAUUUAAAUUUAAAUACGUCUGGGAGGUCUGAUGAUAAAACGGAAGAAGACGAGGAGGACAGUCCUACUUUUGAACCUAUAGAUAUUAUGAAUUUAAAUGAAUCUAAUGUCUCUAACGAUUCACACUUAUCGGGAAUAUCGGAAUUAACCAGCCACAGAUCAAGGAGCCCUGAAUACUGUAACGAACUAUCUAGAGAUAAUUUUGAUUAUAGUAAUCAGGAUUCGCAGCUAAGCAAAGUCUCUUCGGACUCUCGGUUGUCGAUCGUGACAGACUUUGGAUCUUCGAAUCAUGCGUCGACGCCGAUACAGGAUGCUCUAAAAGAUGAAGUCAAUAAAGACAAAUGUGAUGUUAAGGGAGUUAAAGACAAUUUUAAAGCCGUCAGAGAAUACGAAUGUAGUAAAAAUAAAAGUAAAAAUAUUUUUGAAUUAAAUAGAGGCAAAGAUGUGCACGAUGUUAAAGAUUCUAAAAAUAUUAAGUACAAUUUAUCCUCGAAAGAAAAUUCUCGCGACGCGACAGAUAGUAGUGUAAAAGACAAAUACGAGCAAAAGAAUAACAGAGACAGAAGCAGGGAUGGCGAAUCUAAAUCAAAAUCAAGAGAAAAGAAUCACACAAAAGAUGGAAAGCAUCAUAGGGACAGGAGUAGCGAGAAAAAGAAGCAAAGAAGUCAUAGUAGUACAAAGUCCGAUAAAUACGACAAAAGUAAAUCCAAAGAGAAAACCGAUCAACCAAGAGAAAGUGGAGAUAAAAAUAAAGACUUGGAAAAGGAUGGUUACGUCAAGGUAAAGGAAGAUAAAACAAAAGAAACGGAUAAGAAAGACAGUGUUAGUAAAGAAGGAAAGGAUUUAAAAGAUCUCUAUAAAGAAAAAAUUAGGGAACUUCGAGAAAAGAAGGAAUUAACGGAGAAAGAAAAAUUAAAUAAAGACAGUAAAGAAACAAAGCCGAACAAGGAAAAUAAAGAAAAGAGAGACCCUCAGAAGGACAAGAAAUCUUAUAAAAAAGACCACAAAAGUUCUUCCAAAAAUUCUUCGUUAAGUUCUCAUGAAAUUAAAGCUAUAAAAACUUCCGAUAAAGUCGAUGGAAAGGAGAAACGAAGCGAGUCGAAAGAUAAGGGUAAACGAGAUGAAAAACGUAGCUCGAAAGAUGUAAAGUCGAAAAAUCAUGUAAAUAUUAAAUCAGAUUCUACGGAAAAAUCUGAUAAACAAGAUGGAAGGAAACUUGUAAAGAACGAAAAAGAAGAGAAAAUUGAAAAAUCUGAUAUAAAGAAAGAUGUUAAAUCGAGCAGUGAAAAGGUAAAUGGUAAAAAAGAUAUAAAAAAUCAUAUACAAAAUAAAAGCUCGACACGAAAUGAAAAAUUGGAUAAUAAAAAAGAUAAUAAGAAUGAUCCACAAAAUAAGGACAAAAAGCGAAAGGAUGAAAAGAAAUCCAAAUCGAAAGAUGAUCAUUCUAGUUUACGAAAAAAUUCUAACGAUCGGCGUUCGACGGAUAGAGAUGGAUCAAACGGGUCUAGUAGUAAAAGUUCACAAUCUAGUACUUCCAAUUCUAACAUUGCAAACAGUAAAUCAAAUGCGUCUACCUUAUCCAAAGAAACAAAUCAUAUGAGUAAUUCUGGUAGCGAAACGUCGGAUAACAUCGAGGAAGCGCAUACAAAUGAAUUGAAAUUGUCGUUAGAAGAACAGGAUUAUAAAUUAAACAAAGAAUUGUAUACAGAGUGCAAAACAGACGAUAGUAGUAAUUACGAAACGCAUACUAAACACGAAUCGGAAUCUAACGACAUCAACUUGCCCCUGAAGAAACGACAGUUAUUUGACGACGGCAACAAUGCUUUAGGAGAAAUAAAAGUGAAGAAACCAAAAUUUGCAAAGAAUUUACACGAGGCUAAGAAAUUAAUGAAAAUUAGAAAGCAGAUAGAGAAGCAGAAGCUGAAAGAGAGUAAGAAGAUAGAGAAAAAACUCCAGCAAAAAGUAGAAGCUCCGGUGCAAUCGAAUGCCGUGAAUACUGACAACUUGGAAAGUGUACCAGACGAAGAACGAGUUCAAAUAAUAGAAAUACCAGAUGAGGAGUACGAAGAGCCGUAUCCUGAGAACCAUACCAAUUUGACAUUGGAAGAAAGAUCGAUAAUGAUGUUACAAAGCGAAGCAGGUGCAAAGGAGUUAUUGGAAACGCGUUCCGAUUUAAAAUUAAAAUUGUCAGACAUGGAAUUAUGUAUACAGCAAUCAUUGAGCGAAACGCUUCCUAAUAUGAUGCUAGAAAACGUACCUUCGCAACAAGAAAGCGAUGCGCAAACAAUAGUUUCCAACAGCGAGGGGAAGGGAGAGUUACAAAAUAAAGAGUCGCUGACUUCUGCGAUGGAUGAAACAAUAGAAAGUAAUAUAACAGAAUCAGAAAAUAUAGAUGUCCGCGUAGAAAAAUGUUCCAAGCAAAAUGAGUUACAGCACGAACCUAGUACAUCUAAAUUAGAUAAACAUUUAAUAUUUCAAAAAUCUAGCUCUUUCGACGGUAAUACAGACGAAUAUAAUGAUAAAUAUAAAACUCCAGAACAGUUGAACGCAACAAAUGGUUCAGUAGACGAUGUAAAUUAUUUAAAAGAUAAAAGAUUCGUGGAAGUAUCUACGUUGUCGAAGCCUAAAGAUAAAGAUAACAUUUCCCAGGAUAUUCUAAAUAAUAGCUAUUCUAAAGUAAGCAGAUCCAUCGUUAAAGAUCAUGUAACAAGCGACGAGAGGUCUGCAGAAUCUACAUCGACGACAGCCGAAGAGAACGAAGAUUGUCGUUAUUUCAAAGCAGAUAACAAACAAUCAGAAAAAUUCUCGAAUUUCUUAGAAUCAUUGGAACUAGUAGAAAGUAGUUCUUUGGAAGAUAUAAUAGAGAGUUUAGGAGGACAAGUUGUGUCGUCGGUACCGAAAGCUAUGGCACCUCCUUUACCGAAACGCAAACACUCAACUAGCCCCUUGACGGAUAUAUUAUUAAAUAACUCGAAUAAUAACAACGACGGUCAUAAAAGGGCGCUAAAUUUACCAAACGAAGAUGUUUUGAAUAGUAUAAAAAAAAGGAAACUUGUCGCACCUAAGAAGCAAAGACUUCAAGCAAACAUUUGUACUCCUCAAGGACUUUUAAACGGAGAAAACUUUGUUAUGCCCCUAAGUCCGGAAAGCGAUGUAUCUGCGACAAGUGAAAAAAUACCAUCGUCAAAUCUAAUUAAAGAAGAUAAAGGCCGGCAUAGAAGCAGUCAACGUUAUUCAAGCGAUGACUUAUACAAACCACGUCCAUUAUUUUCAAGUUCUUCUCGCAGAAGUAGGAGAUCUAACCAAGCAUAGCUAGUAGCACGUAGUUUGAGGUGUUAAAUUAUGUUUUA